AUGGGUGCUAUUUGCGAUACUGCAGAAGAAGAAUCCAAGAUCAACGACGACAGCAAGAAUAUUGGGUCUCCAUCUCCAACAAUGCCACCAUUGUUAUUCUUACUGGGAGAACUCUCCGGGGAAACCAAGCAUGGCUUCUUCGACCAAAUCCGAGGGACCUUCGACAUCGUUCACCUUCAAGAGCUCGAAUGUCAGGCAGAGUGUCUUGCUUCUCGAUACGGUUGGUUACUCAUAUUAUCAAGAGAAACCUCUUCUCUUUUUUUCUUCAACCCCUUAAUACGUGAAAGAAUCGACCUCCCAUAUAGCAAUCGUAUUAUCAAUGCCGCGGCAUUCUCUGCCCCUCCUACUUCCCCUAGCUGCACUGUAUAUGCAAUUAAAUCGUCUACUUUCAAUGACGCAUGCGAGCUUCACAUCGACACUUUUCUUAUGGGGGGUCAAGAGAGUUGGAUCCCCCAUGCAUAUAAAUUUAGUACAAAGUCUCUCAUCAUAGGUAAUGUUAUUCAAGCAGUUUGUAGCAAGGAGGUUUUGUACUGUGUGGAUUCACGCGGAAGAGUCGGUGCUUUUGAUGUGAAGAAUGGGAGUUGGAAGCUUAUUACGAGCAAGAAGUUUCGGAAGGUUUGCAUCUCUUUUCUGGUGGAAUUCAAUGGAGAGAUAUUUGCAGCAAAGAAAGGAGGCUGUGGUGUUAUUGAAAAGCUUUAUAAACUGAAUCUUGAACAUGGGAUGGCGGCUUGGGAGGAGGAGAAGGACUUGGGUGAUAUCUCAGUGUUUCUUGCUCCAUAUGGGUCUUGUGCGGCGUUGGCGCUGAAUGAAAAGACGAAGAAGAAGCUUUUUGUUGCCAACUAUGGACCCGAAUCGAAGUGCGUCGUCUACAACGUUGUUGGAAGGGACUACAAGAAGGCUAAAAGGUUUAAUGGCGGAUCUUUCAGUUGGUGGUACACUCCGGUUUGGAUUGAAAGGUGA